GUAGACCAUGAGUGUGACCAUAGGUGACUAUAGCACACAUUUUUAUUCUUUAUCAAUAUUCAAUUCAUUUCAUACUCUUCACAGUAAGUUAUAGACUAUAGAGCAAUUUUAUGACGAGUGGGUCAUAACUCCUAAAUUGCAAUUUUAAGAUAGUGGUCGUGUAUGUCCAAUUACAAAUAAUCGUUAUUUCCUGUAAAUACUAGAUUGCUAAUUAUUUAAUUUAAAAGUUUAACAUUUGUAAAAAUAUUAUCUUUUAAAAUGGAGAACGUCUUAGAAAAACAACUAUUGAAAGUUGCAGAAACAAUCGAGCAAAAGCUCGAUCAAGAAAUACAGAAACUUGAUGAGUUAGAUUUAGAUAGUAUUGAAAAUAUAAGAGAACAUCGUUUGCAACAAAUGAAAAAAAUGAUCAAACAGAAGGAAGAGUGGAUGGCUAAAGGACAUGGAGAAUAUGAAGAACUAAGUGAUGAGAAAAGUUUCUUUGAAAAAUCAAAACUGAGUCCAAACAUGGUGUUACAUUUUUAUAAAGAUGGAUCAACUCGUUGCAAAAUAGUUGAUCAUCAUUUGAAAAUAUUAUGUGCACAACAUUUAGAAACACGUUUUGUUAAACUGAAUGUUACACGUUUUCCUUUUCUAACAGAACGCAUGAAAAUUCGAGUCAUACCGACUAUUGUGUCAAUAGUUGAUAGUAUAUCUAAAGACUUUAUUGUUGGAUUUACUGAACUGGGAAAUUGUGAUGAUUUCUCUACUGAGAUGUUGGAAUGGCGUUUAGCACGUUCACAAGUGAUUGAUUACAAGGGAGACUUACUUAAUCCACCAGAUGUAGUCAAGAACAACCGAACAACAUUAUUAGAGAAAAAUAAAACAAUAAGAAGUAAUGUAGGAAAUGAUUCAGAUGGUCUAGAUUCAGAUUAGCCUAUUCUGAUAUGUUAAACUUGUAUACUAAUCAUCUAAUCAAAUUAUAAAUUAAUGUUUCCUAACACUAAUAAAUAUUAAUCCCACUACUGUAGAGUAUUUUAUACAUUCCUACUAGGUUCUUUAUUCAUUGAAUAAUAUGCAAGUAUAAUUUUUAUUUUAUUUUUUCUAUGUUUUAAUAUUAUUCUUUUUUUUUAAUUAUUUCAAAAUAUUCUGAUUAAUUUAUAAAUUGCUUAUUUCCAGUAUAUACAAAAAAAAAAUAGUAAUUAAGUUUAUAUUAACUUUUUAAUUAUUCUACAUUAUAAUGUAUAUUUAUUUUUACUUAUCUUUCUUUGAAAAACUCUAUAUGAUCUGUUAAAAAAAAAAAAAAUAAUACUAAUUUAUGUGAUUGUUUUAAAAUUGAAUAUUAUAACACUCACUGCCACAUGAGUUAGUUAGUUUAUAAUACAGCAUUUAAUUUACUUUUUAAGUAAUAAUUUAAUCUUAUAACACUUAGAUACUUAAGUAUUUGAUUUUCUAAAUUAUUUCAAAACAAGAUUAUUUUUUUAUUAUUAAAACAAAUUUAAUGUAUUAUAUUUUUUA